AUGCAGCUCCACAGCUCCACACCGCCGACCUACAACCAGUUCGAGCACAGCAACAAGCUCACCGGCCGCGAGCCCACCUCUUCUUCUGCCACGCCCUCGUCGCCGCAGCUUAGUCCUCCCGCGGGAGCCAGCCCGAGCUCGACCAGCCAAGGCCAAGUCCGGGCAGCCAAGGCCGUCACGCCCGCCACCGUCAUCGCCUGGCUGCGGGAGCACUACAAGUUGGGCAAGCAUGGCUACUCGAAGAAGGCCGCCGCCCUGUGCGCGGAGCGGGGCGCCGACAGCAGCAUCAGCUCCACGUUCUUCGGCAAGCUGGUCAAGCGGGCCUUCCCCGAGAUCAAGACCAUUCGCAAGGGUCCGCGCGGCAAGGUCGAGCAGUGCUACGACCGCUUGAAGCCCGUCGACCCCGCCAAGGCCUCCCGCGCGCGCUGGCUCGAACGCGUCAACCUCUACCUCGCCGCCCUCCAGGCCUCGGGGGCUCCCCAGCAGCCACCACCGGCGUCACACCCUGCCGCAGCCGCCCGUGCCCAGCCGGACCACCCCCACCACCACCACCACCCAAAGCAGCAACAGCCGCGGCUGCUUCCUCCUCGCGCCUCGCCUCCCCUGCACCAGUCGCACUACUACGCGGCCGUGGAGGGAGGCGCCGGCGUCGGCCAGCCGGACCACCACCACCACCACCACUACGCCAGCAGCCUGGACGGCGGCGGCGGCCACUACCUGGCGUCCCUGCUGCCCUCCUUCGAUUCGCCCUCGCCGUCUUCGUCGUUUGCCUCAUCACCGGCCCCUUCCUCCCCCUCCACCGAGCUGGCCCAGACGACGCCCCACGACCACGACCACCACCAUCAGGACCCUCACGACUACGCGCAGCAGCAGCAGCAGCAGCAGCAGCCGCCGUACCGCGGGUACGCGAGCUUCGAGUCCGUGCAGCCCGCCGGCGCCUACGGUGUCGCGGCCCGCCAGGACAACACCUCGUGGCCGCAGCCGCCGCAGCAGCCCGGACUCUCGGCCUACAUGCCGGCGGCCACGAUGGGCCACCACCAUCGCCACCAUCACCGCCAGGUGGCCGCGGGACCCUACACGACCCUUCUCGCUCAGGAGCCCUCGCCUCUCUACGCGGACCACCACCUCGACCACGCCUCCUUUGCUCUCUACCUCUAG